AAGACCCAGACCAAGAAUGAGUGCACAAAAACAACAACAGCAGCGAGCAGAAGAGAUUUUAAAGGAAAUACAACAAAAGGAGCUGGAAAUACAACAUCUGAAGCAUGAGUUGUCCAUGAUAGAGCAACAUCAAACUUUGAGCAAUCAGGUUUAUAAGACCACAGCACCAUCUAAGAAUAGAGACCUCAGUAAUGCAGAAAUAUCCAGAUAUAGCAGACAACUUACUCUUCCAGAAAUUGGAAUGAAAGGUCAGGUGUGCCUGCGCAACACAACAGUGCUGAUUGUAGGUGCAGGUGGGCUUGGUUGUCCAUCUGCCAUCUACCUAGCUGCUGCUGGCAUUGGGUGUAUAGGUAUUGUUGAUUAUGAUGAGGUUGAGUUGAGCAAUCUUCACAGACAGAUUCUGCAUACAGAGAGUAAGGUUGGCAUCAGCAAGUGUCUGUCAGUAGCUGAAGCAUGCAAUGGAUUGAAUUCCUUUGUCCGUUGUGUACCACAUCAUGUCCAGUUGGAUAGUUCAAAUGCUCUAGGUAUAGUGGGAAGGUACGACAUAGUACUGGAUGCUACAGACAACGUUGCCACGCGUUAUCUGCUGAAUGAUGCCUGUGUGAUAGCAGGGAAGCCACUCGUCUCCGGCAGUGCUCUCAGGUUUGAGGGACAGUUGACAGUAUACAACCAUGAGAGGGGGCCGUGUUACCGCUGCCUCUACCCCAAACCUCCACCACCAGAGAUGGUCACCAAUUGCUCAGACGGAGGAGUCCUUGGAGUGGUGCCUGGAAUUAUAGGAUGCCUUCAAGCUUUGGAAGCAAUAAAGAUUGCAUGCAAUCUACCCUCCAGUUACAGCCAGCGUUUGUUGAUGUACGACUGUUUGGAUGGCCGCUUUAUGACAAUCCGUCUUCGGGGACGCCAAACCUCGUGUUCUGUAUGUGGUGAUACGCCCUCCAUCACUCGCGGCAACCUUGUAGACUACGAACAGUUUUGUGGGGCGAAGGCCUCAGACAAAGACAAGGAGCUGAAUGUUCUACAAAGACAUGAGAGAAUCACGGCAAAGGAGUAUGCAUCCCUGGUGUCCAGUGGUGAGGCCCAUGUGCUAGUGGAUGUGAGACUGCCCGUGGAACUGGACAUCUGUAGGCUGCCUACUCAAGCCCUCAAUAUACCUCUGUCGGACAUAGAAAAACAAUCCACAAUAGACACCCUCUCUGAGAGAGUGAUAUCUCUCUAUGGCAACACACCCAACCCUGUGCCAGUCAUCUGUGUCUGCCGCCGUGGUAAUGACUCCCAGCUCGCUGUACAGAAGUUACGGGACAGAUUAAGGCUGAACAGGUGUCAAGUCAAAGACAUCUUAGGUGGGCUGACCGCCUGGGCAAAAGAAGUCGACAAUAACUUCCCUACAUACUGAAAAGGAAAAUAAAAAUAUAUUCAA